GCGCGGGCCGUGCGCUCUGAUGCGCGGCCGGAGGGGCCGCAGCUCUCGUUCCCAUUUGGCUCGCUCUCCUGGCCCGAACUGGCGCCCACAGAGCAGGGGCCUCGGUUUCCUCCUGGAGGCCACGGUGUGUGCGUAGGACACACGCUGUUCCCGAACAUCCCUAAUGAGGGACAAAGGGCACCUGGCACCCAGACGAGCCCGGCGACAGCCCCCAGAGCGGCCGGGAAGCCGUGUCUGCCUCUGCAGAGCAGCCGAGCUCCUCCUCCUGCAGCCAUGAGGCCGGCGGGCCUGCUCCUCGCCCUGCUCUUCUUUCUGAGCCGAGUCCUUGCAGCCAGGGGCAGAUUCAAGGAGAUCUGUGCGCAUCCAAAUGGCUCUUGCCAGGAGUUUUGCCUGGAAACGGAAAUCCAAGCCGGGAGGUGUUUAAAUGGCCACGCAUGCUGCCGGCCCAUGGUGUUCGAGUCCAUCAUCGAGCCUACUACACCCAAGGAAUGAUCAACUCUUUUUGAAGCUUUGUGUUUCUUUAGAUGUUUUAUUCUCUAUUCUGUGUGCUCUCUCUCCGUCUCUUUUUCUGUCUUCUCAAAGGGAUUCCUAUUGAGACCUGAAUAAAUAAUAAAGCAAAACUAGCAAACACAA